ACACCUCUAAGGAAUUCAAGAAAUAUUAGUCAAUUACAUGAUGGUUUCUGCAACAUGAAUACCAAUGAGUCUAAAAAGAAAAAGGCUAAAAAAGUUAAAACUAAAACAUUACCAAGGAACAAUUCUCAGGCAUCAGGUUCCAGACCACCCGGCGAUAGUAAUAUCAAUGAUUUAGAGGAACCAUGUUGUCCCCUGAUAGCCAAAGACUCCGAAUGGGUAGACAUUUUACAGACACCACAUAGAACCAUGUCCUCUGAAUCCACCGAGGAGGUAGAAUCGGAAGACGGUCGGGAAACGAAACCAUUAGCAAUCAUGUUUCCAGGACUGCUCGCGAAAGACCCUCAGACUCUGCAAAACAUGCUGACCAAGGCCAUGUCGACCACAGAAGUCACCAAGCAUUUAGUUGAUCUCGGACAGAAAGCAAACUUCAAGUAUAUGAAAAAAUCUAGCAGGCUCAUUCCGCUUGACAAGGAAUGGUUGGAGAGCGUUUCCGAAGUGAAUACCGGUUCCCAUUCUUCAAUGGGCCCCGGUGUGAGCGGGAUUGGCAGUUCAAGCUGUACUGGCGCUAUCUGCUAAAUACUUCGACCGGCCAACCAUAUUUAUAGUAAGGUUCAUCCAAUUCUAACAACGACUCCAUGGAAGAUACAGAAGCCAAGAAAUAGAAGAACUUAUGACAGUAAUAUAAUAUCAACAUAAGAUCUAAAUAAAUAAGAAGAUACCGCAAUAAAAUAAAAUACCAUUGAUAUAAUAUUAAAAAUUUAUUACAAUUUUUGUACAGAAAAAAGUAUUUA